CACAGAAAUUUCCAAAUAUUUUGUGAGGUUUUGAGAAGGAAUAUCUUCACAAGGCGAGGUGGCAUCACACUAGAACUGCCUCAUUGGUCUAACAAUACCGAUCUCAAUCUUCGACAUCCAGACAGGUGGCCCAUGCGUCUGUCGGUGUCUCAGCCUUACAAUUCAUUUCUUUUCAUCAGCGCGCGUCACAAUAUUUGCGCAAAGACUUUCUCUUGUUGUUACCUAGUGUAUUGAAAACUUGUCGACCACAUCGAGAGGUCCUCGAGAAGCGAUAACAGCAGCCAUGGCUGCAGAGUCCAAGCCAAAUAACGACCCCUUUGCGUUCGUGCCGAGGCCUUCAAUACCAACCCCGAAUCCCUUUGUCUUCAAAACCGGCGAUACACGCAUCCUAAUCACGCAUAAUAAGGAGCGCAUCGAAGGCGAAGUCUCGUCACAUGCUCUUUGCCUCGCAAGUCCAGUGUGGGAAAAGUUCAUCUUUCCGCCAUGGAAUUCCAACGACGCAGCUGAAACCUCGGAUACUGCGAAACCCAUUGACUUUUCCGAAGAUGACAGCGCUGCUUUGUUGACUCUGUUUAAUAUCGCGCACUUGAGAUUCCACGAAGUGCCAGCUUGUCUACCAUACAAAGUGCUACUUCAAGUUGCCGUACUUUGCGACCAGUAUGAUUGCGUGAACCUAGUUCGCCCUUGGCUUUCAGAGACUCAGUGGUUGAAGGACAGUGCUGAUGAAGCUGUCAAGACCGAUCAAGAACAAUGGCUAUUCAUUGCAUGGGUUUUCGGUCUAGAAGACGUCUUUGAUCAGCUUGCCACGCACCUAGUCCAAACAAUCCAAGUACAGGGCGACGGUGAAUCAUGGAGGAGUCUGACUCCCAUGCCUCCUCUAAUCAUGGAAAGCAUACUCUCUUGCCGAAUCAACCUUCUAGCCUCGCUACUAGACAUACCUUACGUUCUGCUCAAUAAGUAUGAAGCAGCUACCGAUACAAUAAUUCAUUGCAUUCACCGAAUAGGGUACUGCGAUCUGGUAAUCUAUGCUUCCAUUCUACGCAAUCUUCGACUAUAUGCUCUCUAUCCUCGCCUUCGGCCGCAAGACUUCGCCAAGACCGUCAAUGAACUCGCGGCAGUUCUGGAAAGCAUUAAUAUCCACCAGCCCCCAGCAUCGGACUGUCUUGUUCACAGUAGCUGCUGCGAUACGACUUUUAAAAGUCGGGUAGCAGAACAGCUCGUCAACCCGUCGAAACCACUCCUCCCCUUUCAUCACAGUCAUUUUCAACUUCUCAAAUGACCUCUCCCAGAGGCAACCAUCAUGCUCUCAUACCGACCAAAAACAAGCCCUGAAGCAAAGGUACAGCUCAAGUAACAAUCUACGACAGCAAAAUGUUAUUUUCAGCUCCUUGGAAAGCAGCAAGGGUUUGACUACGGCCUUACUACGUGUCGCCAAACCAUGUACUUAGAGAUGCAACCUAUCCGCCUCGAAAUCGUACGCACUGGGCCUUGAUCCUUCAACUACUUUUGAGUAUCUCGGAGCCGCCACGGUGGACUACUUCAGAAAACUUGUUGGGUUUGCAUCAAGUGCCGUCAAUGCACAGAAACUUGUUGGGUCUUCGC